AUGGCUCCGCCAAAAGCUGCCCUACGGCCGCUCUCGCAGAUCGUGCUGAACGCGCCGCCUGUUUUCAGCACGAAUGCGCUUCGUGCUGCCUCUCGCCAACUUCGCCAACCCCUGUUGAAUCGCCAGCGCCCCUCCCUAACUUCCACUUCGCGCUCGUCGCUUGCCUCCUGUACCCAGACCCGACACAGCUCCUAUAACUCGCCGGAUCCUUCGUCCAACACAUCCAAUGCGCGCAAGAAGGUCACCACGCAAACAUUACGCAACCUCUAUAAGAAAGGAGAACCCAUCGCCAUGAUCACCGCCCACGACUUCCCCAGUGCCCAUGCUGCCGAUGAAGCUGGAAUGGAUAUGGUGUUGGUAGGCGAUAGCUUGGGAAUGGUUGCAAUGGGAUUGGAAAAUACCACGGAGGUGACCAUGGAGGAGAUGCUGCUCCAUUGUCGGAGCGUAGCCCGCGGGGCGAAGACCGCCUUCAUUGUAGGAGAUCUGCCCAUGGGCUCUUACGAGGUAUCCCCCGAGCAAGCAGUUGAGUCCUCCAUCCGCCUUGUGAAAGAAGGUCGCGUGCAUGGAGUCAAAAUCGAAGGAGGCGAGGAACUGGGCCCCACCAUCAAGCGCAUCAUCCAGGCCGGCAUCCCUGUUGUUGGCCAUGUCGGCCUCACGCCGCAAAGGCAGAACGCGCUCGGUGGGUUCCGAGUACAGGGCAAGACUAGCACCAGCGCCAUGAAGCUGCUGCGCGAUGCGAUGGUCAUGCAAGAGGCCGGCGUGUUCAUGUUUGUGCUCGAGGCUAUGCCCCCCGAGGUAGCAAGCCUCAUCACAUCCAAGCUCAAAGUCCCCACGAUUGGGAUUGGCGCUGGCAAUGGCUGCUCGGGCCAAGUGCUCGUCCAGGUCGACAUGACUGGUAACUUCCAGCCUGGCCGAUUUGUUCCCAAAUUCGUGAGGAAGUAUGCCGACGUUUGGGGCGAAGCGACCCGUGGCAUGGUGCAGUACCGCGAGGAAGUCAAGAGCCGCGCGUUCCCUUCGCCGGAAUAUACCUAUCCCAUCUCGAAGGAAGAACUUGCCAAGUUCGAGAAGACGGUCGAUGAGAUGUAUCAGAAGUAA